AAGCCCAGUGCCACGAAGGAUUCAGAUCGAGAUCGAGAUCCAGCGGAGGAGUGGUGGGGACGAGGGUGAAAGCCCGGCGGGACGAUGUUCUACUAUCCCAACGUGCUUCAGCGCCACACUGGCUGCUUCGCCACCAUCUGGCUGGCAGCGACCCGCGGCAGCCGGUUGGUGAAGCGCGAGUAUCUGAAGGUGAACGUGGUGAAGACCUGCGAGGAAAUCCUGGAUUAUGUGCUGGUACGAGUGCAGCCCCCGCAGCCCGGCCAGCCGCGGCCCCGCUUCUCCCUGUAUCUGUCAGCCCAGCUGCAGAUCGGCGUGAUCCGCGUCUACACUCAACAAUGCCAGUACCUCGUAGAGGACAUCCAGCACAUCCUGGAGCGCCUGCACCGUGCCCAGAUGCAGAUCCGCAUUGAUAUGGUGGACACUGACCUACCCAGCCUGCUGCUUCCUAACCACCUGGCCAUGAUGGAGACCCUGGAAGAUGCUCCAGACCCCUUUUUUGGGUUGAUGUCUGUGGAUCCCACACUUCCCAGCCCCUUCAGUAUCCCUCAGAUUCGACACCUCCUAGAGGCUGCAACCCCAGAGAAAGUUCUUGAGGAGGCCCCUCCUGAAGUCCCCAUGGAGCCUCCGAAGCCAGACAGGAUCCCGGUCACUGUGCUGUCUCCAGAGGCCAUCACCCUCCAGGAGGCGGAGCCAAUCCGCAUGCUGCACAUCGAGGGUGAACAGGACCUCCCAGAGAUCAGCCGCCGAGACCUGGACCUGCUGAUUGCCGAGGAAGACGAAGCUAUCUUGUUAGAGGAGCGGCUAGGCAGGCCUCUCCGGCCUCGUAGGGCCCCUCCGCCAGUGGAUGUGUCCAAGGAGGAGCCCCGGGCUCUUGAGGGGGAGGCCGAAGUACCCCCACUCUCACCUGCAGCUCUCACACUGGUGGAAGGGGUUGCAGAGCCACUUCCUGUCCUGGUCCCGGAGGAGCUGAAGCCAGCAGGCUGGGAGCCUGAGGCCCUACCUACUGAGGUGACCCCUCCUCUGGAGCUGCGUCUGCCAGCCCCCCUCAGCCCAGAGAGGCGGCCUCCAGUGCCCCCACGUCCUAGGAUCCCACCCGCUCGUCGCCGCCGCCGCCAAUUAUUGUUCUGGGACAAGGAGACUCAGAUCUCCCGGGAGAAAUUCCAGGAACAACUGCAAACCAGAGCCCACUGCUGGGAGUGUCCAAAGGUGCAGCCUCUGGAGAGGACCAUCAGAAGCCCCACAGAGCUAUUCCAAACCCCGACUCACUCUGGCUGGCUGCCCCCAGAACUGCUGGCUCUCUGGACCCACUGUGCGCAGCCACCCCUCGGAGCACUCAGGCGAAGGCCACCUCUGGAGCCUGAGGAGGAAGAAAGGAGGAUGGAAACCCCAAGUGAUAUUGAGGUCCUGAGAGAGGCCCAGGAGCCCAGUGGGCCCCUCAUGCUGUCUUCAGAGCUCUCUCUAGAAACGGCUGAGGAAGAGAAGUCCCGUGCCAGCCUCAUCCCCCCGGAAGAACGGUGGGCCUGGGCUGAGGCAGAGCAGCCAGAGGCCCCUGUGUUGCCUGUGGUGCCUGAGGUCCCUGAAAUGCCCCUGGAGUUGCCUUUGGAGCUGCCCCCAGAGCCCAAGUUGCUGUCGCUGGAGGCCGUGUACAGGGCUGUAGCCCAGGAGCUGCAGGCCAACAGGGAGCCUGAUUUCAGCAGCCUGCUGUCCCCCUUCAGCCCCCGCUGGAUGGCCGCCCGGGUCUUUUACUUGCUUCUGGUGCUUGCAGCCCAACAGAUCCUUCGCCUGGAGCAAGAGAAACCAUACGGGCGCCUCCUGAUCCGGCUGGGGCCUCGAUUCCAUUGUGGUUAGAACUAAUUAUAAAGCCACCGGGAAAUUGGCUAUAUUAAACUACGUCUUCCUGCCUCUGUUCUCAA